GUUUAUUCGAAAGUGGAAUCUCCGGAAAAGCUGACCUUUUAGUGUGCGAAAAAGUUUGUAUCCAGUGAUCAUAGUUACCACAGAAAAGGGGUACAGUGUUUCGGGGACCGAUUGCGAAUGCAGUGUGAGGCAGCGAUAGGAUGAAGAUCUACCUGCUACUUGGAUUACUGCUUGGCGCAAUAUCGGCGCUGUAUGCAGCGACUGAUAAAGUGGUGUGUUACUACGGCAGUUGGGCUACGUAUCGAACUGGAAAUGGAAAAUUUGACGUGGAGAACAUCAAUCCGCAUUUGUGCACGCAUAUAAUUUACACGUUCGUGGGAAUUGAUUCCAGCACAAAUACGGUUAAAAUUUUAGACACCUGGAACGAUAUCAAUUUACAGGGCUACAAGCGGUUUAUCGCGCUAAAGCAAACGAAUCCCAAUGUGAAACUGCUGCUGGCUGUGGGUGGUUGGAAUGAAGGAUCAGCAUCCUAUUCUGCCAUGGCUUCCUCGUCGGUAUCCCGAACUGGGUUCAUCCAGUCGGUGGUUAGUCUUCUGAAAACGUACGGCUUUGAUGGAUUCGACAUUGACUGGGAGUAUCCGACGUUGCGCGGCGGAAGCACCGACGAUCGUGUUAACUAUAUCACGCUGCUGUCGGAAAUGAAAACGCGCUUCAAUAGCGAAGGUUUGCUGCUGUCGAUCGCAGUAGCCGCGACCAAAGAUUAUCACCGAUCGGCUUACAAUGUGCCGGAGAUAAACAAAUACGUGGAUUUUGUGAACCUGAUGGCGUACGACUUGCACGCCUACUGGGAUGCGCAGACAGGUCACAAUGCACCACUGUAUGCUGCCACGUGGGAAACUGAUUCGGUUACCAGCAUGUACAAUGUGGCCGCCUCCAUCCAGGGAUGGCUUGAUGAUGGUCUCUCUGCCAGCAAACUGAUCGUAGGCAUUCCGGUGUACGGUCACACAUUCACUCUAGCUUCGGCAGCGAACACGGGCGUUGGCCAGCGAACGGUAGGCCCUGGAACGGCUGGACCGUACACUUUGGAAGCUGGCACUCUGUCCUACUUGGAGAUUUGCGAACGACUGAAUGCCGGAGGUUACACUAAAGUUUUUGACUCAAUGCAGCAGGUUCCGUACGCAUUCUCCGGCACCCAGUGGAUUUCAUUCGAUGACGUUUCCUCGGUUGCACUUAAAGUGGCCUACGCGAAGAACAAAAACGUUGGCGGGGUGAUGCUUUGGUCUAUCGAGUCAGAUGACUGUAGAAAUAUUUGCGGCGGAGGAGCUUAUCCAAUUGGAACGGCUGUCUACAAUGCAGUUUUUGGAUCCAGUGGAAUUGUAACGACGACUACAGUACAGCCUGUAAGUACGGCAAAAACGACUGCGAUCAGUACACCAGCACCGACUCCGGUAACCACCGCUAAAACUACGACGACCACUGCCAGCAGUGGUCAACUGAUGUGUCCAUCCUCCGGCUACCUACGGGUUCCGAAUGAUUGCAGUUCAUUCUAUCAGUGUAAUCCUGGAUCACCGGUUAACUUGUCGUGGCGCAUUCAAUGUUCUGCUGGAUUGUACUUUGAUCCAAGUAGCAACACUUGCAACUGGGCUAGCCUAGUAACCUGCUAAGCUAUCAUCUCUAUACUAAAAACAGUACUCUCAACAAAAAUUGCUAGACUUAACCUAUUAAAAAUAAAAGUAUUUCUCGUUUGCGAAUA